AUGGCGGCUCAGGACCAUGAUGAUGUGGUCAUGGUGAAUGUUUCAGACGUUCGCGGUGACAAGCAGCAGGCCCCACCCGUCCGGCAGAUACUGCAUGUCCGCCAUGUUCAGCAGGGACAGCAAGGUCCACCAGCACCACAAGCUCAACGAGCACCACCAGUACGACCGGGACUCGCGGCGAAUCCGGGAAGAGAUAGUGAUGGAGACGGUGAUAGUAGUGACAACAGUGACCACGACGGUGGCGACGAUGGAGGGAAUGCAAGGCGUGGAACACCAGCGGGACCGGUUGCCAUGGCACCACCACCACCUCCACCACCAGCACAGGUAGCACAACAGCCGUACGGAGCUCUGGUUACGCCUACAUGGGUCUAUCAAGCGCCUCGUCAUGAAAGGAAACUAAGAUUACCAAAGUUUAAAGGCCUAGAUGAACCCAAACUGACAGUGAAAGCCUGGCUGAAGGCGGUGAAGAACGAGCUACGGCGGCAGACAGCGAUCCUACGGACGGAGUGGCGGGAGCAUGAAGUCUUCAUCGAAAUGGUCGCUAAUUUGGAAGGCGAAGCUCUGCUGUGGUACGACACCGUAGAGGACUCCUUUAACCGACGAGAGGACCAGACCUUCGAGAACUUAAGCCGGUUGAUGAGAGGCAGAUACAUGAUACAGCGCUCGAAUCCUGAAGUGGUUGCCAGACUGCGACAGCGGCGACAGCAGCGAGGAGAGCCCCUUGUGGAAUAUGCACAGAAGCUGCGAGUAAUCUCGUCCAGUAAUCCGGUCGGAGAAGAAUGGUUGGUAGAUGCCUUUCUGGAGGGUAUGAGCAACAGGUGGCACGCGACUCUUGUGCGGGGGCACCGCCCCACCACACUUAACGAAGCCGUCGAGCAAGUCGGGGAAUACGGAGAAGGGUACGGUGUCGGCCUGGCGAUGGCUUUGCGCACUCAGGAUGAGCGAGCGGCUACGGCACGUGCGACGGUGGCACCGGUGCCGAACGCGGCCCCAAUGCGACCUUCACUAAGGACUACGGAACUGGGCGCUGUUGUCUCCGGCUACGAGAAUUACGGACUGGUGAAACGUUCGGACUUCCAGUACGACGUCGAAGGCAGGCUGGUGGUACCCAAGAACAACACCGUACUUCAAGGAGCUGGACAAUGGAAUACCGUGAUCCCAGUUGGAUAUCGGCUCGUUCCGGAAGAGGCGGUGACAGCUGACUACGGGACACUACCCAACAACCUGCAGGCUGUGGGACCAACUCAGAACACCGGGCAACGGCAACAUACGACGCGAAACCAGCGCUCGGAUGGAGGAGGAAACCCAAACCGCCGUGCUGGGAAGGCCUUUAAGUUGGAAGGACAAGACACCGGACGGCAGAUGCAGCAACAGUCGCAGCAUCGAUGGUCAGGUGGCAGUAAUGGGGGAAAUACUGAGCUUUUACGGACCAAGGAAGAUCGGUUACGGAACCACCAGCGGUAUUUGGACAGGAGGACGCAGCCGUAUGUACCAAGGAGGGCUGCAGCGAAACCCGACGACAUGUGCUUCUAUUGCCAUGGCUUUGGUCAUCAUGCGCGUGCCUGUGAGUUGAAGAAGGCUGAUUUGGAAGAGAGCAGCUCUGUGGUUGGACCCAACGCUGACGCCAACAACAAUAACGCUGACAAUGAACUUGCACGGGGUAAGGAGCAGGGAGAGUGUCCAUCGUCUGAAGAAAGCGCCUUGGCUACGGAGGAGGCUAAUUUCUACGGACAGGCGGAGGAGGUGGAAACACCGCGAGGCGGGAGAGUAAAGGACGGAAAAGUAUGGGGUCGGCGACGAAAGAGAAAGCGGGGAUCUCGGGAACAAGACUCGAGGCAGCCAGCAAAGAGACCGAGGGCACCGGAAGUCGGAGGAGAAAGACGACAGGUGCUAGCAACGGUGCUGGGCGGCGGUAUGCGUCUGAAGGAUGCCACAUCCGACCAGCAAGGGGUGGAGGACCAACGAGUUGAGGAUGCAGGUGGCUGCAACCAACCAGCCAGGGGCGUUGCGGCGGUGGAACCGCCCGUGGCGACGAUCAGACGCGUGCGAUUCGAAGAUGAGCGGGUGUUAACGCGUGGGGAUGGCGAGACAGCACCGUUCAAGGGACAGGAUCCAACGACAAAUGACCUCACUGCCGAGGCCAGAACCGCAGUGCCCAGCUGUGUCAGGUUGGAAGCACUGCCCACGGAACAAGUGAACGCGGGGUGCCUGGGAACUAAUGGCAAGCAGGAAGAGCCCGCAGACGCAAUGACCCGCGGGAUUUACGAAGACGAAGAAAUCCAGGGCGACGCGUCAGGUAACGGCACCCACCCACGACAGUGGAACGGGGUACCUUCGACUGGGGAUGGCGAGGCGCUCACACUGCUGAUGAAUGAGUUGAUGAUGGAGGUGCAACGACGCAACGAGCCUCAGGCAAAGACACUACGACUGAAGGUAGCGCAGAGGCAAGAGGACAUUCAAAAAGCGGAGGCGGAUCGACGAUGGGAGACUACGCAAGCUGCGAAGCAGGAGAAGGUGUUGCGCCGGGCUUGCAUCCGGACGAUGCGCGGUCGACGAAAAGCGCCACAAUCCCAGGCGGUAGCAGCGCCAGCUACCAACCGCGGAACGACAAGCCAAUCCGCGAAAGUCAAUGAGGGACCCUUGGACGACGAGGAACGACCACUAACUGAGGAAGUUACGUUGGUGAGAGCAUCGCGGGCUCGGAGACGACAAGAACGGCGCGUGCGGAAGGCAAGGGCCAAAGAGCGUAGGAUGAACGAACGGCGAGACCCUCAGCGACAGUACCCGGCAGGCAGCUUCUACAGUUACGAUGAACACCGCCAAACGGGAGGGCACGCUGCGGCUAUACAGGAACUUACCAUGUCUUCACUGGCCUACCAGAAGCCGCGUACAGUCAAGACCGUGAAGCGGGGAAACAACAAGCAAUUGAAGAAGGUGUACAAGUACCAGAGUGGCAGUACAUACAGUAGCCCGAGCACACAGUGGAGUUCCGCGGCAGGAAGACACUGCAAGACUGGAAAACUGCGGGCCGUACAAGCUCCUGCCAUUGAUCAGCUACCAACGGCUACGGUGAAGGUUCGAGGCGUUACCCAGUCAGUGAAACUCGACACAGGAGCCCAAUACAGUGUCGCUGGUCGCAGUUGGUGUGAGCACGGGGAGCGGAUACACAUGCCGCCACCGGUGGACUUCAUGGAGGGAUUCAGUGGAGUUUCAGUAAGAGUGCUGGGUGUCUGGCGGUUCGUUCUGUGGACGCAGUACUCACAGAAAAUGACGUUGGAUGCACUUAUCGUAGACAACGAUACGACGGACUUCCUCAUUGGAGAAGACUGGAUGUACGACCAGGGAGUUAAGAUCGACUUCGUCGUUGGAGAAAUGAAGUGGUAUGAUGGUGACGUGAAGAAGGUUCUUCCCUUCACCGGAGUUGGAACUCGUGAGCAACGGAAACGGCUCGCUAAAGUUAGGCUCCUAAAGAAGGCGAAAGUACAGGCGCAGACAUGCCAUAACGUGGAGCUCGCUGUCUCUGAACCAGAUGGAACUGUGGGCUUAUUCCAACCCCGGAAGCGUAAGGAGCCUUACUUGCUGGUGGCCCCAACGGUAACCAAGGUGACGUCCGGUCGGGUGAAGGUUCCGAUCCUGAAUUUGAUGGGGAAGACGACGAAGCUUCCUAGUCGUGAAGCCCUGGGAACUUGGACACCACUCCGUGAUGAGAUGGAGAUUCUUGAGCUGAAAGGAGAACUCGAGCCUGAGCGGGUGAACAAGUGGUUGGACGAGAUCAGCCUGAGAAGGGAGACGCUAAGUAAUGAAGAGACCUUGACCCUUGGUGACAUGACGAACGAGGACCGGGAACUGUUGUUGAAGCUGUUAAGGAAUUACCCCGACCUGUUGGAACCGAAGGAGGGCUGUCCUCCUGCUACGACUCUGGGUGUGGAACACCACAUUAACACGGGGAAUGCAGCACCAAUAAAGAUGCGUUCACGACGGUACUCGCGAUCCGAACAGGAAGUCAUUGACAAGGAAGUCGGCAACAUGUUGCACGACGGUGUGAUCGAAGAAGGGACGGGGGCGUGGGGUUUUCCUGUUGUACUCGUGCGGAAGAAAGAUGGCACCGUUUGA